AUGUUUAUUUUAUUCUUCUAUUCCUUAAAUCCAAAUUUAUGUCUUUUUAGGCACGGGAAUAUGUCGGGUCUGAAGGAACGUCCUGUAUACAAAGAAAUUAAACGCUUCCGCAGCCGUCAAGCAUUUCUCUAUUGGUGGAAGGAUAAUGAAGACGUUGGUUGGAGAAUCAAUUCUCGCAAUCCUAGUCGUGAAGGUACUGUUGAAUAUUGGAAAUGCGCGUUCAAACAGGACAAAGUUUUUGCGUGCUUGGCCAGUUUGCGCAUCGUUUUUGGACGUCAUGAUCGCUUUGUUACUGUUGCUCGCAAUAUUAUGCGUCCACAUUGUCACACACAAAUACGUGGAUUGAAGGGUGAGGAAGAAGAACGUAUCUUCCAAGAGGUGGCGGCUUUUCCUAUGCAAACAGCGGAAAUCCUUCGCUUCCCUUCACAACCAGCAGGAACGGAAGGACUUCCUGAAAACCCUACAGCCGAUUCCGCACUUCCCACUGCAAUCGCGAUUGAGAUGGAUGGCCCGUCAACAUCAGCGACCAAUCAGCCUCAGACGGGAAUGUUGCUUGGAGCGCCAUUUGCUGGACCCUCGGGAGCGUCAUAA